AUGGAUUUUGCUGGACCCUUCCUGAUCGCUAUACUGACCUCACUCCGGUCGGACGUGGAGGCUUUGGAGUCUUCCGCCAGGGACAAUCUGUUACAGCGUAUGGUGGCCAUAAAAUACAUCGAUAAGCCAUUUGACUCGCUUGAAAAUGCUAAGCGUGCUUAUCGUGAACUGGCUAUCCUGGCUCACAUGGACCAUGAAAAUGUCGUAACGCUACUGGACGCAUUUACGCCACAGGCAACGUUGGAAAGCUUCGACGAAAUCUUUCUUGUAAUGCCUCUGAUGAAGAUCGAUUUGGCGGAUGUGUUAAAAUAUCAAGUCCUUGACGAUGACCAAAUAACUUUCCUGUCGUACCAAAUUCUUCGAGCUCUCAAGUAUCUGCAUGGUGCGAACAUUAUUCAUCGGGACCUGAAGCCCACGAACAUAGCUGUAGACGAAGACUGCAAUCUACGAAUUCUGGACUUUGGAUUGGCUCGCCUGAUUAAUGAGAACAUGUCGAGGUACGUGGUAACGCGAUGGUAUAGGGCGCCCGAACUCAUCGCAGAUUGGAUGAACUACAAUGAUACAGUCGACAUCUGGUCAGUUGCAUGCAUUCUCGUAGAGAUGAAAACUCGUAGAACUCUCUUCUGUGCCAAUAACGCGAUACAAGUUCUUGGGGAAAUACUUACUGUGGUAGGCCUGCCAGAUGAGGGUUUUCGGCGGAAGAUCAGCAGUGACAGCGCUAGAGCAUUCAUUGAGUCCUUAAAUCUGCCACCAAGGCGUGAUCUUAAGGACGUCUUUCCGUGGGCGUCAGGCGCGAUGUUGGAUCUCCUCUCAAAGAUGCUCGUUCUUGAUCCCGACCGUCGAUUAAGAGCAUCAGAAGCUCUAGCACAUCCCUUCUUUGCCGAAUAUCAUGACGAAACUGACGAACAAGAAGGCACACCUCUUGAAGAUAACUUUAUCUCGUCCAACGUAAUGACUAGCGAUCAAUGGAAAGCGAUUGUUCUCUUUUCAACAAUGAAAUUACCCCCCGUCGCACAAUUCGUCCACAGCCAGGUAGACAAGAUCGAGGUUAUCAAGAAGAGUCUUCUUUUCCAGAUUGUUUCGGAGAAUUUGGGUGAUCGAGUCAUGCAAACACGGUUUGUAGAAUCCCUCCCCGCCAUGCCUGACGUAAACGAACGGCGAUUUGUGCCCGUUGAGCUAAAUCAACUGCGGUGGGAUUUACCGGACCGCUACACCUCCGUCAUGGUCGCAGGUCACGGCGCCUACGGCACUGUCAGCUCUGCUCUUGACAAAUACCUGCAGAGGGAGGUGGCCAUAAAAAAACUGGACCGGCCUUUUGAGAAUGCAGAGUUUGCCAAGCGCACUUACCGGGAGUUAGCCAUUCUGGCUCAAAUGGAUCAUGAAAACGUGAUUUGUCUCAUCGAUGCAUUUACUCCGCAAACCUCCUUGGAGACUUUUGAAGACGUGUACCUUGUCACACCCCUGAUGGACGCUGACUUGGGCGCUAUUGUUGCUCAGCAAGUGCUUACUGAUGAUCAAAUCUGCUUUCUUGCAUAUCAGAUGCUCCGUGCACUAAAGUACAUGCAUGGUGCGCACAUAAUCCACCGUGAUCUGAAACCCUCCAACAUCGCAGUGAAUUCCGAUGUGGAACUGCGUAUAAUUGAUUUUGGUUUGGCACGUCAAAAGAAUCACCUUAUGACAGGUUACGUUGCCACUCGAUGGUACCGGGCGCCUGAGGUCAUGCUCAACUGGAUGCACUAUAACGACUCAGUCGACGUUUGGUCAGUGGCAUGCAUUUUGGUUGAGUUGAAAACGCGGCAGCCUCUCUUUCGUGGAUUGAACCACAUCGAUCAGGUCAAACAGAUCAUGAGCAUCGUGGGUACUCCGGACGAGGAGUUGAUGCAAAAAAUCACCAGCAGCAGUGCAAGAGAAUUUAUUGAGAAACUUAACUAUACUAGCAAGAAGGACCUCAAAGAUACAUUUCCUUGGGCUUCGCCUACUUUGUUGGACCUCUUAUCAAAGAUGCUAGUUUUGGAUCCAGAUCGACGUCUUACAGCAGCACAGGCGUUGGCACAUCCAUACUUUGCGGAAUAUCACAAUGAGAGUGACGAACCAGUGGGAGAACCACUCAAAGACGAUCUCAUAGAUUCUGACAACCUCACCAUGGAAGAGUGGAAAGGUUUGUGGGAAGCUACGUGGAAUCUACUACAAAAUUUUAAGCCGAAAUUGACCUCUCUCCGACCUACAGAUGCCUACUCGCCAAUUGAUGGGUGA